AUGCCUGGUGCUAGUUCUAAACCAGAUAAAGUCGAUGCCCAUGCGAAUUUUGCUAAUGUCAAACUAUCCACAAUGACAAAAUCCAAUUUGGUGAUAUGCGUAGGAAUCCAAUUAUCCCUGUUGUCAAGUGUUACAUUGAUCUGCCAUGUAGCUCUCAGUGAGGGCCGUGAGGGAAUCGGUGUAUCGGGUGAUGGCAGCGGCUGUCUUUCACCUGCCCACCAAUCUGGCGCUCCACUCAGCGAAUCUGCUCCACCGCCCAUGGACACUCUCGGUGUGCGAGUCCAGCAAAAAAAGGUAGCAAUGGCACCUAAAACGCAAAUAAAGAAGAAGAAAAACACGCAUAAUCUAGAAUGCGCCCUAGAUCGACAGCAGCAGCAGCAGGGUCGGCGACGAAUGCGAUUUUGUUGGCUGGUGCUACUUGUCGCGGCAAGCGAUUUCACCGUAUUACUUGCAGGCAGCACGGUAUUAUAG